UAUUCUGUGGUUGAACGUUAAGUGCGAACUGCGUAUGUGUGUGGCCUGUGAUAUAUUGAAUUAGCGAUUUUUUUACUGAGAAGAAUCAACUCAUAGUAUUGAAAUUUUAGUUAUUGCAUUUAUACAUUUUUGAAAACUAUAUUUUUAUCAUGCCGGCUAAAGCUGUAUGCGUUUUGAAUGGUGAUGUAACCGGCACCAUUUAUUUUGAUCAGAGGGAUGAGAAAUCACCAGUGGUUGUGACUGGGCAGGUUUCAGGUCUAACUAAGGGUAAGCAUGGCUUCCAUGUGCAUGAGUUUGGUGACAACACAAAUGGAUGCACAUCAGCUGGUCCUCACUUCAACCCUGAAAAGCUUGAACAUGGAGGCCCCACCUCCACUGUGAGACAUGUUGGAGAUCUUGGCAACAUUGAGGCCGGGACAGAUGGAGGAGUCACUAAGGUUUGCAUUCAAGAUUCACAGAUAUCUCUAACUGGACCUAACAACAUCGUUGGCCGUACUCUGGUGGUUCACGCAGAUCCUGAUGACCUUGGAAUAGGUGGACAUGAGCUCAGCAAAACUACUGGCAAUGCCGGUGCACGAAUUGCCUGUGGAGUCAUUGGUCUAGCCCAAGCACAAUAAAAUGUGUAUUACGACAACAAAUAUGAUAUAAAUAUAGUGAACCAUGUUUCGGUCUUGUUUGAUAUAUUAGAUACUAUAAGUUGCAAUAAUAUAUAUCUGCAGUGUAUCCAUUUAAAAUAAUGAUUAUUGUGGCAUUCAAGUUCCUCUUAAAUCCUAAAUACACAUUUUUGUGUCAUAUUGAUGUAAACAGAUAACCAGUAAGCAAUAUCAAUUUUAAAAGAAGGAAUGCUGAAUAUUGGUGAUUGCUUUAAUUUAUUUAAGUGCAGAACAAGUACAAGCAUACUGUUGUAUAUUUUAAUUGUUAUUGAUUUUAAUAUUGAUAUUGUUUUCUUAAAAAAGAUAAGGUUUUAAUGUCGAGCAUGCUGUAAUAUCAUACCUUUUAAAAUUAUAUCAUUCCUUUAGUGAUAAUAAUGUCAGGUGUUUUUUUUAUUUUUGGGUGCAGGAAGAUAUUAUAGUCAUCAAUUGCUAAUGUUUAUGUUUUGUAUAAUAAAAUAUUUAGAGAAA